AUGUUGCCCCGCCUCCGGUAUAGGACCCCGGCAGCGCCUCCCCCCAUCAAGCAGCCGCUCCCACCAGCGGUGGCCCCCUCCCUGGAGCAGGCGCUCCUGCCCAGCAACGCUGCCGCCCGGAGCUACGCCGGCGACCAGUCCGUAGGCAGGCUGAAGCCGGCUUACAGGCAGGAGUACUAUCUCAUUCUUACUCUGUUUUUCCACCAGCAGAGCACCACCCAAGAUCCAUUGGGCCGUCGCCACCACUGGGACGCCCACCACCACAUGCUCGGCCACCUAGCGUCGAUCAUCACCAAGGAGCUGCUCAAUGGGCAGCGCCUGGUGGUGGUCCGCUUCGAGGAGAUUUGCAUGUCCGGCGGCCUCGUCCACCAGAAUAUGAAAUACCUUCGCUUCCUCUGCAAGAGGAUGAACACCAAGCCCUCCCACGGCCCCAUCCACUUCCGCGCCCCGGCCAAGAUCCUUUGGCGCACCAUCCGUGGUAUGAUUCCGCACAAGACCGCGAGGGGAGAGGCCGUGCUCGCCAAGCUCAAGGCGUACGAGGGCGUGCCGCUGCCGUACGACAGGACCAAGCGCAUGGUCAUCCCCGACGCGCUCAAGGUUCUAAGGCUGCAACCUAGGCACAAGCACUGCCUCCUCGGCCAGCUCUCCAAGGAGGUCGGAUGGAACUACGCCGACACCAUCAGGGAGCUCCAGGCCUAA